UAAUAGUUCGAAAUGUUAUAUUCUGCGUGUUGAGCAUGUGAUCGCCAGCUGGCGCGUGAGGUUUGGAUAAAAGGAACAAUCUGUUGAAUUUGUUAGACAAUUCAUGAGAAGCAAACAAAUUGUCCCUCUCACUUUCUCUCUCCUUCUUUCUUUGCCUUUCUCUGUUCUCUAUGUUCCCAAUUCCUCUCUUCCCUCGCUGAGUAAGACCCAGAGGUGGCAAAGUCGUAUAAUGGCCCUACUAAGCAUGACUACCACAGUGAUAGCUUGACGACGAGGGGGAAAGAUCAUUCUCAGUGACUCGCGCAUAUUUUGACCCAGUCACGAUCAAUGGAGUCCCGAUUGGGCUGGUUGGAUGAGCAGAUUGCUCAAUUGAAUGGCCAAUUUGACCAUAUGUAUGGUCGGUCAUUUACAGAACUGCUUCGCGAGCUCUGUGGUCAGCGGCCGAUUGAAGAAGGAUUGCAGUUGGCCGACCAGAACAACGAUCGAGGUCUCCUGCCGUUACCACAAGUUUGGAUUGAUGUGCCAAAGCUCAAUUGUCAUCCAAGGAGUCGAUUUACGGAGAGGCACGGGGAGGAAAUGGAAGUUCCUCAUCCCUAAAUAGGUAAUUUUCAUUAUCAACAACCUCGCUUGGAUUUUCUGGUGUUGAGAGGUGAUAGCUUAUGGAUCGUCGAGCAUAUAUGUGGUUCAAUGGUUUGUGUGUAGGGUGACAGGAGAUUUGGGGAUAUCACCAUGGGGGCGUGAUUGGAGAGUUUAAAAAUUUCAUUAGAAAGGAACAUUGCUGAAAUAUCAGGAGAAAUUCGACGAGCUUGGAGUGGCAAGGAGGAGGAAGUUGAAGAAGAUCCCGUCACUAUGCAAACCCUUAGUAGUAGGGGAGUGACUAAUUCCCUGAUUGUGAAAGGAAUAGUAAGGAAACACAAGUUGAUGGUAUUGGUUGACACAGGGAGCACUUAUACCUUCCUCAAUAAGGCAAGAGCGGAGGAAAUGCGCCUAUUUUUCGAAUUGUGUCAUUUUUUUCUUUGGUUUACGAAAUGCGCCUAUUUUUCGAUUUUUAUUUUCGCCUAAUUCAAUCUUUGGAAUUCUUAGUUGAACAUUUGAAUAUUGAUGUUAUAUAAGUGUGUUUCAAUUUUCACUAUAUGUUGGAUCUAAGUACGACAUGUUACUUUGGUGUUAAGUUAUAUGUUAUUACUCAUAUGUUAGAUGAGAUUUUAUAUACUUUAUCAAGAUAAGUACAAUAUAAUUACUAUUUCCAU